UCAAAUAGGAUCUGAGACGCAUCGAAAUCAUGUAAUGUGAGAGCGGAAAGCGCAAAAGCCGACGCAAAACCAACGCAAAACCGACGCGAUCAAGCGCGAAAAGAGGAGGAAAACGACGACAACAAAACCCUAAUCCGACUCCUCUUCCAAUCUCUAUCCUAAGUCAAGCCGGAGCUAUUUGAUCUCUUCCAGUUCGCCCCUUGGGUUUCUCACCUUGGAGAUCUGUGAUUGAUGCCGUCGAAGCUCAUCUGAUCAUUAGAGAUUCGCUUAGUUAUUUGUCUGAAUGGAUAAGAGCAAGACCAGGACCGAUAUGCUAGCCGCUGGCCGUAAGAAGCUUCAGCAAUUCAGGCAGAAGAAAGAUAACAAGGGCGGUGGCAGUCAUGCGAAGUCCUCAAGCCAAGUUAACAACCCUGGGAAUGAGGGCGAGAGCGAGGAACUUUCGAAAUUGGGUCAGGCUCCAGCCUCGGCUGCUGAUGCGGUCGAUGCCAAUCUAUUGGAUGCUUCAGAUUCAGGAGCAGAUCAAAGAGCUGAGGAACUGAGGUUGAAGUUGGAACAGCUUCCUGCCGAUUUUAUUUACCAGGAAGCUCAUGGCGUGGUGUUGGAAAAAUCAAAUGGCAGCAGCUCAGGUGUUGGUCAUUAUUUGGAUGCAACCUUCUCAUCUGGCAUUAGUCAUGAGGUUUCUGAGACCUCUUCUUCUUCAGAAGUUGUUUUUGAGAACGGUGGGGAUCUUUCAGUUUCUUGUGUGAAUUCAGGGAAACAGAAUGGAGGCAGCCAUCAGAUGGAGAAAGGAGCAAUGUGGGGAGAAACUUCCUCCAGUACACUUGACGAACCUGUCAGAUUGGAAGAGACAAAUGAAUCUUCUGCUCUAGCUGAUAGAGUUCAAGGCUCAGGCUUGAAUCAUAGUCUUUCUGAGGAAGUAGAGAAAUCUACUUAUCCUGAACAAUAUUUGGAAAAUUCCACUUCAUCCCAAAUAACAUGUUCACUAGCUGCAAUCAGUCAUGAAGGAGUUUCGGUCGUUACUUGGGUGAAGUCAGAAAAGAUGUUAGAUGAAGAGAAGGUAGAGGAUCAGGAGAACCUUUUAUUUGAAGAUAAACGGAAAGUAACUACUGACCCUGCUGUUUGUGGGUCAACAAGAAGUGAAGAGAUCAAUCAAUGUUUUAAUCCAGCUGAAGAAUCUCAGUAUGCGGGCAUGAAUAUUUCUCAUGAAUCUAAUGAAGGUACUUUUAAUGAGAAAAAAAUAGAAAUACCAUCUUCUUCCCGAGGAAUUUCAGUAGACAAUGAGGAACUUCAUUUGGAACUAGGGGAAAGAACUAAUGAGGGAGGCAUAGAACUUCCAAUGGAUUACCUUACCGCCAAGGAUGCAUGCCUGGGUAGGCAAUCAAAAGAGGCUGUUUCAGUUAAGGAGAUUAUUUUGGAUGCUCGCAAGAAGGGACUUUCAUCUCUGCAGGGCUAUUUAAAGAUGGAUUCCUCAAUAGGGGGGCAGUUAGAGCAAGAAGGAGUGCUAAUGAAGGCAAGCUCUGCUGUCGAACUUGACAGUGUUAAAAGGCAUCUUUACCUAUCUUUUAUUGCAAAAGAUAUUCUCCAGUUGCAGUUGGUUGAGCAGACACAGUUAAAUGAAGAUUUCCACCAACAUUCUUCUUAUGAAGUACACAGACUCUUUGAUUUGGUUAAGAAGGCUCAAGAAAGUAAAGAAAUGUUAACUGAAGAACUUGUGCAAAGCAAGUCUGAGCUUCAAUUUUUGGCCAUUAUGAAGGAUGAAAUUGAAACCAACUUUCUUUCUGCAAGGAAGGAGAUUGAGCAGGAAUAUAUUAAGUGUUUCAACUUGAAAAGCGAGCUUCAUAAAUCCCAAGAAGACUUAUUGCAUGUUUCCAAUGAACUAGCCAUUUGCCAGUGCUCUGUGGAUGCUUUGCAAAAGGAAAAUUCAAACUUGUUAGCAACUCUCCUUUCAGAAACUCAUGCAAAAAAAAAACUUGUAGAAGAGGUGGAGUUCCUUUCAAGCGGGCAAUCAAAGCUAACAGCAGCUCUUAUGGAAGAAGCUGAUGCAAGGAAGAAAAUUGCAGAGGAGAGAGAGUUACUUUCCACUCAGAAUAUGAAUCUUUUGUCUCAGUUAACAGCAAAAGAGGAGAAACUGCAGAUUGCAAUAGAGAAGAAAGUCGAGCUUCAGGAUAACCUAAGAGAAUUAUGGUCAUACUUUGAAAAACUUUUUGAGGAGAACUUUUAUCUUUCUUGCAAUCUUGAUAUAUGCAAUGCUAAGAUUAAGGAGAUGGACAGCGGGACAUUUGUGCCAUCUUGCCAUGGUCAAGAAGGUCAAAUAAGUAAUGACGAUCUCAUCAAUUUUACUAUUGAUUUGUCCCAGCCAUUCUAUGAAGAAUCCAAUGUGAAUGUUUCUUCCAGCACUAAAUUGAAAUCAAAUUCUCAAUUCCAAAACCAUGGGUGUGUGCUUCAGAAGGAUGAUGGGAAAGAUUCUGACAGCUUUGCUUUGUUGAAGGUAUUGAAGGAGCACCUUCAAGAGGCAAAAACUAAAUUGCAAGAUCUGGAGAAGUCUGUACAAAUGGUGCACUCUGAUUCUCUUUUCUUGAGCGGCUCAAGUGGAAUAGGAAACACAGCUGGGGUGUCAAAAUUAAUUAAAGCCUUUGAGUCAAAAGCUCAUCAUGUUGGUGGUGGUGUAGAUGAGGUACCUUCAACUCUUGUUGUAAGGUCAGAAGAUUCAUAUACUUUAUCCAGAGAACAUACUUUAAGUCUCAGCAAUGCACUUAACAAGAUAGAAUUAGAACUGGGGAAGGUUGAGAUACUUGUAAUGGACAGCCAGCACGAUAGAGAAGCCUUGAAAAAGUACAAAAUGGACUGUGAAACUCAGAAGCAUCAAAAUGAUAGUCUACAAGUUGCAUUUGAUGAGCUUGCUAGGAAAGUACCUGAUUAUGAGCCUAAAUUGUGCGAAAUGCAUAAACAUAUAGAUGAGCUUCAUCAGCAUGUCAACGAGGAGGCAGCUGGAUUUCUAGAUGAGAUAGAGUUGUUGAAGAACAAAGUCAGUGAAGAUGCAUUUAUUCUCAAGCAAGAAAGAGAUGACCUGUUGGGCAUGAUUAUGGAGGCGGUUGGAAAGCUGGAUGCAUCGACUGGACUAAAGGUCCUUGAAAACCUGGACACUAAAUCACAUGCCAUGGUUUCAGUUGAUGCUGCUAUUUUGGAAAUUGAGAAACUGAAUGAUAAAGUUGAAGAAAUUAAUCAUAAUUAUAGCACACUGCAUGAUUCACACAAAGAACUGAAUAAAUCUGUCAUGGACAUUGAAGGAAGACAUGCUUUUGUUAUUGAGCUAUUUUAUAAAUUUUAUGGUAACCUCAUGAAUCUUAUACAUGAAGCCCAACAAAAUACUGGGGAUGUUGCAAUUAAUGCUAAUGCUAAUGCUGAGAAAGUGCUAGAAUUUCUUCCUGAAAAGUGUGAAAUGGCUAUCAAUUAUUUGCAGAAGCUGUUUAGUGAGUGGGGUUAUCUAUUGUCUAGAAAUACCGAACUUGACUUGGUCCUGUCAAUCAGAAACCAAGAAAUAGAAGAGUUGAAUACACGACUCAAGGAGCUGGAACUUCAGAGUAAUAUCAAAGAUGGACUUGAAUCUACUUUAUUAAAUAAAACAAAAGAGAUUGAAGAGGUAAAAAGGAGGUGCUUUCGUCUGGCCAAUCAACUGGAGAACCAUGAAUCAUGUAAGGAUUUAUAUGUCCAUGGUAAAUCCUGGGAAAGAGGUGAUGUGGUUGUCUCAAAAGAUGAUAAUGUUGUGGUUAACUCGUUCAUCUCUCUUCUAUUAAGGCUUGAGGAGUUGGUUUCUUUUCAUCUUUAUAACUAUGAUGAAAUUCUUGAGCAGAUAAUGUUGUCGAAGAAACAUAUACAAGAUGCUUAUAUGCUGAUGGGUGUAUCAACUGAUGAUUGUUCCCUGCCACUGCCCGCCUUGCUUAGUGAUGCCUUCAUUCCUAAGGUGAUUGCGCUUCAUGAAAGGCUGAAGCUGUUGACUGUGUCAAAUGUGCAGAAGGAAACUGAAAUUCAAAUUUUGAAGGAGGGCAUGAGCAAGAUUGAAGAGACUCUAGAAGCUUCUUGUCGUGAACUGCAAUUGAAAACAUCCGAAAUUGAACAAUUGGAACAGAAACUUUCCUCUGUCAGAGAGAAGCUUGGCAUAGCUGUUGCUAAGGGCAAAGGUCUAAUUGUGCAACGUGAUAGUCUUAAACAGUCUUUGAUUGAAAAAACUAGCGAGCUUGAGAAGUCUGCACAGGACUUGCUUUUAAAGGACUCAUUGCUGGAUGAGCUGGAGACAAAACUCAAGUCCUGUUCUGAAGUGGAACGCAUUGAAGCUUUGGAGUCUGAGCUCUCAUAUAUUCGUAAUUCUGCAACUGUUCUGAGGGAUUCUUUUCUCCAGAAAGAUUCAGUUCUUCAGAGGAUUGAAGAAGUUCUGGAAGAUUUAGAACUACCAGAUGAUUUCCAUGACAAAGAUAUUCUAGAAAAAAUCGAGCUGCUCUCCAGAUUUGUAAUUGAUCAUCCUUCUUCAACCGUGACUGAUUUGGAGCAGAAAAGUUUAGAGGAGCGCACACAUUCUGAUGCUGAACGGUGUGUGGUAAUUGAUGCUAAUAAGUGUACGGGGCCUGGUUCCAACAUAGAUUUUGAUGUUUUGAAAAAAAAACAUGAGGAGCUUCAAAGCAAGUUCUAUGGCCUAGCUGAGCAUAACGAUAUAUUGGAACAGUCUUUGUUGGAGAGGAACAAUCUUGUGCAGAAGUGGGAAGAACUUUUGGAUAGAAUUGAGUUGCCUUCUCACAUGCAAACAACGGAACCUGUAGAUAAGAUUGAGUGGUUAGGAAGAGAGCUUUCGGAAGUGAACCAAGAAAAGGAUUCUUUGCAACUGAAGAUUGAUAAUCUGGAAACAUCUUUGGACAUGCUCAUAGCUGAUGUAGAAGAAUCGCAUAAGAAAUUAUCAGAACUUACUGCAGAAGUUUCAGCUGCUAAAUCCGAAAAAGAGUUUUUCGUUGAAAGUCUUGAAAAGCUCAGGAUUGAACAUUUUUCACUCUCAGAGAAGGCUGUUCAUGAUGAACGAAAUAAAGAGAAUUUGCAAAAAGAAUUAGAUGAUUUGCGGGAUAAAUUGAUUGACAAUGCUCAGUUUGAAUAUUAUAAGGAUAUCGAGAAUAAGUUGCAAAAACUGCAUUAUUUGAUUGAUAGUACUUUAAUGGAGCAUGAUAAGUUAGACUUUAUUUCUGGAGGUAGUCUUGUUGAGCAUCUAGAAGAAUCAUUAAAAAAGCUGAUUGAUAAUUACACUGCUCAUUUAAACAAAUCUAGCAAUAUUGUUCCAAUUAAUGAGACAUUGUUGGAUAAAAGCAGCUCAGAUCAUGGUAAAAUGGUGCCUGAUGAAAGCAGCCCAGUUCAUGGUAAAAUGGUGCCCGAAGAAGCUCUGCUUGCCAAAGAAUCAGGCUUGGCUUCAAUGAGUUUAGAGCUAGACCGGAUUUCCAAUAAACUGUAUUCAGUGGAGCAGGAUAGGGAUUCAAUUUUUGGUAAGUGCCAGUCUUUGAUAUUGGAAGUGGAGGAUCUAAAGAUGCAAGUUGAUGUGCUGAAUGUGCAGAGGAAUGCAGAUCUUGAGAAGUAUCAGUCUUUGGCAUUGAAUUUGGAUGCGAUGGAAAAACAGAGAGAUUCUUUACAAGAACAAUUAACUCUAGAGGAGCAAAAAAAUGCUUCUUUAAAAGAGAAGUUAAAUCUUGCUGUGAGAAAAGGAAAGGGGUUAGUGCAACAGAGGGAUAGCCUGAAACAGACUGUUGAUGAGAUGAAUACUUUUUUGGGGCAAUUAAAGAUUGAUCACAGCCAACAGAUAGAAUCCUUGAUAUCUGAAAAGUCCUUGUUGAUGCACCGAUUGGCUGAUGUGGAACUGAAGUUACAAGAUAGCAACCAGAAUUACAGUACAUUAUUAACUACAUUAAAUGCCAUUGAUUUAGAGAGUGAGGCCAAUGACAUUGACCCAUUUGAAAAGCUCAGGGUUGUUAACAGCAUACUUCUUGAUCUGCGUUCAUCAACUGCUGCAGCUGAACGUGAAGCUAACAAAUCUAAACGGGCAGCUGAAUUGCUUAUAACUGAGUUGAAUGAAGUUCAAGAAAGAAAUGAUAUUCUUCAGGAUGAGCUGUUAAAGGCAGAAGCUUCCCUUUCAAAAUAUUCUAAACAAAAGGAUGAUUCUCUUUCACGACUUGAAAACGUCAUGUCAGUUCAUUUUGAGGAAAGAACUAGACUUGCAAAGAACUUGAUGGAUUCUAUCUUGGUCAUUGAUCAUUUGAAAGAAGGUCUCCUGCAGUCUUCUAAGAUUUUAUCUGUAGUUCUAAGCAAGGAUGUUGAUCUAUUUAACCUUGUGGAUGCUUUGUGGGAGUUUACUUUGGAUGAGUUUUGCAGUUCAGAUAAGAGCAAGCAACUAGUUUUAAUAUCAAGCGGUAUUCUUUCAUCUAAUGAACAAAAGAACGAGGAAAUAUCUCUGUCCAUUUCUGAUUCUGCACCGUUAAAGAUACAUCAAAAUGUCGAUGAAACCUUGCUAUUUGAACAUUUUGCGCUUGCUAACCAAGCAUUACAUGAAUGUAAGAAUCAUUGCAACGCUUUGAGAGAACGUGUUUGCAACCAUUCUGUGUUUCUUGACAAGAAAGCAGUGUAUCUGUCAGAAACCGUAGAAGCUGUGAAAAGAAGAAACUCAUCUUUAAAAGAUACUUCAGAGUCAUUGAAGAGAGAGAUCACACACCUUGAAUCAAAGCUCAAGCAGAAGGAUGCUAAAAUCUGUUCAAUUUAUAGAAACUUAACUGUGCUUUAUGAAGCUUGUAGCACAUUAGUUAUGGAGACUUUUAGGAGGAAAUCACAAAUUACUGGAAAUACCGGAACUCUUGGAGAAAAUGUUUUGAAUUUGGACAUUUUCCGGACGUUGCCAAGCUAUGCCAUGGGAGAAGUUGAAGAUGUUCAUUCCAUGGAUGACUGCAUCAAAAUGAUGGUAGAGUCUAUUUUAUCAACAGUGAAGGAUACAAAUUCUACAAAUGAGUUGGUUGAGAGAACUGAGAGGGAAUUAAAAGCUACAGUUUUAGCAUUGCAGAGAGAACUUCAGGAGAAGGAUAUACAAAUGAAUAGGGUUUGUGAAGAGCUUGUCUCUCAGAUAAAGGAUGCAGAGACUGUUGCUAAAAGGUCAAUGGCUGAUCUUGACUCUUCGAGGGCCCAGUUCUUCAACUUAGAGAAGAAGGCAGAGGCAGUGGAAACUAAUAAAAACUUAUUAGAGUUGAGAUUGAAUGAGCUACAAAAUGUUGAGGCUUUGUCAAAGCUAUUGCAGGAGAGAAUCAACUCUUUAACUGAGUCUGUGAAUGCUAAAGAUCAAGAAAUUGAAGCCUUAAUGCAAGCUCUAGAUGAAGAAGAAACACAAAUGGAAGCUCUGGAAAGCAGAAACAAGGAUAUGGAAAAUUUACUACAACAAAGGGUUGUGCAAUUGGAGACUCUUGAAACCUCCAAUGCAAAGACCAUGGCAAAACUUUCAACAACAGUCAGCAAGUUUGAUGAAUUGCAUAAUCUGUCAGAAACUCUUCUUUUAGAAGUUGAAAAUCUUCAAUCACAGCUACACGAGCGAGAUUUGGAGAUUUCUUUCUUGCGUAAAGAGGUAACUAGGUGUUCAAAUGAUGUUUUGGCCUCACAAGAGAACAGCAAGAAGUAUUCAUUAGAAGUACAUGAGUUGCUUACCUGGAUGAGUGGCAUGGUUUCUUAUUUUGGAGGACCUCCUGUGCAGUUUGAUGAUCAGGAAACUAGUCAGAUUCAUUUGUACAUUGGCAUCUUGGGCAAGAAGAUUGCCUCAACUAUUAAUGAACUAGAAGAGCUGCGUGCUACAGUCCAAAGUAAAGAUGCCUUGCUAGAAACUGAACGAGGUAGGAUUGAAGAACUUUUAUCAAGAACUGAAGGUCUUGAAAGUUAUCUGCAUGGAAAGGAAAGGUUAGAGCAAUCUCAAGGAGGUAGAGGUUCUGAUCAACAAAGUAGUAACUCUUCAGGAGCUUUGGAAAUUGAACAAAUGGUGCAGAGAAACAAGGCAUCCUCAGGUCCAAUUGCAGCCAUUGUACGUAGUGGACGCAAAGUCAACAAUGACCACAUUGCUAUAGCUAUCGACUCUGAGAAAGAUGAUGGUGCAUUAGAGGAUGAAGAUGAUGACAAAGCACAUGGAUUCAAAUCGCUAACCAAGUCUCGGCUAGUCCCAAGAGCUACUCGGCCUAUAGUGGACAGGAUUGAUGGAAUAUGGGUGUCUGCUGAGCGGUUGCUAAUGAGACAACCAAGUCUGAGGCUAGCAUUUUUGAUCUAUUGGGUUGCACUGCAUGCUUUACUUGCUAGUUUCAUUUGAGAAAAUUAUCCUGGUUCGAAGUUCCUUUCUCAGCAGCUUUUCGGUAAGCAGAAAUCUGCAUUUGUAUAGCAUUUGAUUAAUACCAAGCAAAGUUGGGUUUCAUAUAGCAGUAUAGUGAUUUUUUUGCCAUGAGAGUAGGUGUGAUUUAUUUUUUAUUUCACUCCCCUCUAAAAAAACUGGCAAACUCAGCUCGUUAGGUUGGAAUUUAAACCAGAUAGGAUUUAUUCAACAGCUGAAAAGAGAAACGAAUGUGUUGUACAUUAUUAUUCUUUUUUUUUUUUUACUGUUUGAAACAACUUGUUUGUAAGAGAUAAUCUUUAUCAGAAAUGAUAUGUUGACGCUAUUAAUUAUUUUUAAGAGGAAGCUUUCAGAAGCUUUGCUUAAUGAGAUGAUUUUGCCUGUCCAGAA